CCUUGGCCAGACGCGGGGCGGCCACUCACAUACUCAGGCCAGUUUUUUGUUUUUUUUCGCAGGAAAGGAAGCAGCUCAAGGGCAUAGGAACAUAAUAGAAAAAAAAUGCCCGCUAGUCGCUGCUCCAAAAAAAGAUAUAAAUAUAGAGUGGCCUAAUGCUGAUAUACCGCCCUCCUCCCAAAAUUGUAAUCUUGAAAUAAUAAUGAAAAUUUAAAGCUAAUACAACAAAGCUCACCAGAAAUAAAACUGCUUUGUCGUCACCAUACUCAGAAACAUGGGACAAUACACUAUAAUCAGAAGCAGUGAAAAAUAGCUCAAGCCCAAGCAAGGCUCGGGAAUACAGACUAAUGCUGCCUAUAUACUGAAAACGGUGCAUUACGUACUGUAUCACAAGUAUUAAUCUAAAAUAUUUAAACCUAGCAAGCCAUACCACCUCCUAAUGGGGAAGGCUUCACCCCCUCUGACCCCCCCCUGUAUUAUAAUCUAACCUAAGCUAACAUCAUUUCCCAGUGGAGGGACUCUGUCUCCCCUCAUUUAACCACUUCAGGAGGAAAUGAUUACAUAGAAAGAUGAAUAGUACGACAAGAUAUGUCAGUAAAUAGAGCCAAACUCAGGAGUACGCCACAUUAAAACUAGUUAAUAGUGUACCAAAAACUCAUUCUAUGGGUUAUGUUAAGACCCAGACUCAGUGGUGCAAACUCCCAUUGGCUGAGAAAGAUACGUUGUCCUGAUUAUCAUAUCAAGUGAACCUUCUCGACAUGUCCACUGGUGCAAUACUUCAGAAGACAGCAGGUGUCAGGUCAGGAUGGACCGUGACUGUUAUGGCCUUCUACGGCGGCCCUCCCUGAUUGCCCUGCACUUAUCAACACGGCCCUCCCUAACGGCCCCAUAAUUGUCACUGCCUGACAGCCCUACAUUUACUUGGACGACUCUCCUUACCUGCUCUUCACCUACUUGUAGUUGGUUGAGAGAUCGACUGGAGAUCUCUCCUUAAAGUAACUUAUGGAAGUCAAGGCGGGAAGGAGGCAGCCCUGGAAUGCUGAGAGGCAGCUAGCACAGCAACUGACAGCUGCACCAGCAUGACUACACCACACCUCUGACUACCUAAGAGACUCCUGGACCAAAUAAGACCAUCCACAUACAAGCUGGCCAUAAGGCUAGCUACAGCAUGCCAUAGAUUACCAUUGCUUCACUAAGAUACUCACAUUACUACCAGAGUUUAUUUUAUGAUACUGUAAAUGAAUGUGUGCUCAAAUAGGCUAGUCAUUGAAGAGUUUAUUUAUGUUUAGCCCAAAUUUAUGCUGAAUUAUAUAAUGUGCUCUUAUGUGCAAUUUUUUUUUUAAUUAUUUGUAGCUUUAUAAUUUAUGAACUUCUCAUUGCCUUGCAUAAACUAUAGAAGAUUAUUUGCUGUCAGUAGGAAUAAGACUUGGAAUGCUUUGCCUUACACUACUGUGUGGAAACUUUUGUAUUAGAUGCUCAGUGCAAUGUGAAAUUAAUGUAAGGUAAAUAUUUUCUAUGAGAAUCAGUUACCCCAAAUAUUUUUAUAUCACUAGUUCACCUGUGUACUGGAAGAAUGGAUACAAAGCUCCACCACACUUCAUAUGAAUGUAUCGAGUGUGGCCGCAAGUUCUCUGCCCCACAAGCAUUGAGAAUACACUCCCGGAUGCAUGAUGGCAGAAAGACGUAUCAGUGCCAAGACUGCGGGAAAACAUUCAGGAUGGAAUUCUACUUCAAGUACCACCGCAUGAAUGACACUGGCAUCAACAAGUUUGAAUGUGGCAUAUGUGAGAAAAAGUUCAGCAAUGAGAGUUGUGUGGACACCCACUACAAAAUUCAUUCCAAUGAAAAGUCCUAUGAAUGCAGAAAGUGUGGGAAAGUGUACAUCCAGCUUGGCAGCUUCAAAAAUCAUGUUAUGGCUCACCCACCAACCUUCACAUGCAAGGAAUGCGGGAAAAUUUUCACUGACAAGAUCACUCUAACAUCACAUGAGCGAGCACAUGUUUCACAGAAGCCUUAUGAAUGUUUGAACUGUGGCAAAAGGUUUGCCCAUGCUUUUAAUUUGGAAAUACAUACAGAGUCUUACUGUACAUUUCAAAGAGAGGACAGAGAAAAAGGUACUAAUAAUGCAAAGCCACAAGGGCAGCGGUCUGUGUGGGACACCACGACGGGUCAAAAUAAGAAAGGAAGAAGGGGAAGAGCACGCACAGUGGAGGUGGAGGUGAUUGACCUUGGUUCAGACUCAGAGCCCGAGGAAGUACAACCUGAAGACUUCCUGCCCCUAGAGGUGUGUCUCAAUGAGGGAGAGGAAGAGCUCAGUAUACGAGAUCUCAUGGAAAGAUAUGAAGACAAAGAAGACAUUUAGUUUUGGGAUAUGCCAGAACUUAUAGUUACUUUUAUAUCAUUUUAUGGUAUUUUUGUGUGAAAAUUAAGUGAUAAAUAAUCUUUAAUAAUUGUACAUGGUAAUCCAUCUCAGGCACCUUUAAUAGUGAAGCUCAAAACACUCAUCUGUGAAGAAAGUUUGUUUCAAUUUCACAAAAGAAAGUCUCAUAUGAAAUACUCACUUUGGUAGCAUAGCUGUUUCACAUCAAAGAAAUGUAAUGUCUAAUUUUUGCACAUUUCCAUAAAAUAUGAAUUAAAAAAAAAAAUUUCAUUCAUCUUCCAUACUUUGUGGUUAUUUUCAUGAAAAGUUUCACUUCAGCUAUUUCAUAUGUAAGAAAAUUUUGCA